CGCCCCGCCCCGCCCCCUGCGCACCGGCUCCGGCCGGGCCGCUGGGCUGCGGCGUCAGCUCCCGGCGGUGGCGGCGGCGCGAGCGGCCAUGGAGGCGGGCACCGGGGCGGGCGCGGGAGCCGCGGGAUGGAGCUGCCCCGGCCCAGGCCCCACUGUGACCACUGUAGGCUCCUUUGAGUCCUCUGACGGCUGCGGGAGGAAGAAAGGCCAGCGCUGGGGGGCUCUGGAGCGGCGGGGGAUGCAAGCUAUGGAAGGGGAGGUGCUACUCCCAGCCCUGUAUGAGGAGGAGGAAGAGGAAGAAGAGGAAGAGGAGGAGGAAGAGGGAGAAGAGGAGGAUGGCCCAGUGCAGACAGGCAGCCGUGUGGGUUCCCUGUCGGUUGGCAAACACCGGGGCCUGAGCCUCACCGAGACGGAGCUGGAGGAGCUGAGGGCGCAGGUGCUGCAGCUGGUGGCCGAGCUAGAGGAGACCCGGGAGCUGGCGGGGCAGCACGAGGAUGAUUCCCUGGAGCUGCAGGGGCUCCUGGAGGAUGAACGGCUGGCCAGCGCGCAGCAGGCGGAAGUGUUCACCAAGCAGAUCCAGCAGCUCCAAGGUGAAAUUCGAUCUCUCCGGGAGGAGAUUUCCUUGUUAGAGCGUGAGAAACAAAUUGAACUUAAGGAAAUAGAGCGGGAGUUGCACCUGGCCCAGGCUGAGAUCCAGACUCUGCGGCAAGCAGCGGAGGAUUCAGCGACCGAACAUGAGAGCGACAUCGCGUCCCUGCAGGAGGAUCUCUCCCGGAUGCAGUCGGAGCUGGACGACAUGGACCGCAUGCGGGGGGAGUACGAGCUCGAGAUCGCCUCCCUCCGAGCGGAAAUGGAAAUGAAGAGCAGCUCUGGGGGUGGAUCCAAUGAUUUAAGCGUCUCUGAUUUCUCAGAGAUGCAAGAAGAACUGCAGCAGCUGCGGGAACGCUACCACUACCUGAAUGAGGAGUACCAGGCCCUUCAGCAGAGCAACAGCAGCCUCACCGGGCAGCUGGCGGACCUGGAGAGUGAGAGGACACGAAGAGCAACAGAAAGGUGGCUAGAGUCCCAGACCCUGCGGUGCACGGCGUCGGCGGAGUCUCAGACUCUAGAGAUGGACUUCCUGGAGCCGCAUCCCGAGACCCAUUCGUUGCGAUUGAAGCUGGCGGGCGCCGAGGAGCAGAUGCACCACAUGCAGAACAAGUGUAAGGAGCUGUGCAGUGAGUUGCAAGAGCUGCAACACCAUCGCCGGUCCAGUGAGGAGGAGCAGAAGCGGCUGCAGCGGGAGCUCAAGUGCGCGCAGAACGAGGUGCUCCGGUUCCAGACCUGCCACGACAUCAGCCAGAACGAGGAGCUGCGGAACCGACUGUGUUGCCUGCAGCAAAAGUACGACACGAGCCAGAACGAGCACAACGAGCUCCUGAAGGUGCAGAUGCAGCUGCAGGCUGAGGUGCGGCAGCUGAAAGCCGCGAAAAGCCCCUGCCCCGUCAGCGACCUCCAUAAUGAGAAGGAGUUAAUGUGCCGGAUCCAGCGGCUGCAGACCCAGUACCAGAAUGUCUUAUGUGAGAAGGAGAAGCUGCUGGAAGUCCAGCAACAGCUGCGGGCAGACCUGCGCUACCAUGAGGCCGAGUUGCAGCGACUCAAGGACCUGGUGAUCUGUCUCCAGAGCAAAAUGGAGAAGUACUUAGAGGUGCAGGCCCAGCUGCAGGAGAUGAAGAAGCUGUACCACUGCACCAAAGAAGAGCUGGAGCGGCAGAAGCACAUGUACAACCUGCUCGACCAGGACUACCUGCUCUGCCGCCAGGAGCUCACGCAGCUCAGGAACGCGUUUCCCAUUCCAGAAGAGAGGUGUCCUGCUAAGUGCGAAGCCUUGCUAGGCAGGCUGACAGAGUUGCAGGAUAAGUACAAGACCAGCCAGAAGGAGAUGGGGAAGCUGCAGAUGGAGCAGUGCGAGCUCCUGGAGGACCAGAGAAGGAUGCAGGAGGAGCAGGGCCAGCUGCAAGAAGAGCUGCACAGGCUCACAGUGCCCAUGCCCAAAAGCGGGUUCUUGAAUAAGAGUCAGCAGCUCCUUACAAAGUUACAAGACCUGGGGGAACUCCAGCUGCACUACCAGCACAUGCAGGACGAGCAGAAAAAACUGAUGCAGAACCAAGACAUGGUACUGAUGGAACAAUUGGAACUGCAGGAGGCGCUGCUACAGCAUAAAGACUCUCAUUUCCAGGAUAUGCUGGAUCAUCCUGACGAUGGCAGAUCACCCAAGUCGCCCAAGUGUGAUCAGAACAAGACCAAGAUGAUCAUGGCCCAGAUUCAGAGCCUGCAGGGCCUGUACGAGCACGGCCACCAAGAGCAGCUGAAGCUGCAGAAGGAGCAGGGCCGGCUCCUCGAGGAGCGGAAGAGACUGCAGGCCGACUUGCAGCUGUGCAUGGAAGAGAUGCAGCAGCUCCAAGGGCAGUCCUCGGGGAGAAACUCCCUGAGCUCGGAGGCCUCCCAGGAGGCCCAGAAGAUCAUCCCGGACUCCGAGAGCUACCAGCGCAGCUACGCAAGCGACACAACCAGUGAGGAGAACUUCCUCAAGAGCUACGAGAGCAGCUCCAGUGCCGUGGAGCCUGGGGACAAGGCGAACCACGGCGUGGUCUACCAGACGAGCUACGACAGCAUCCAGAGCUCAGAGACCUCGCGCAAGAGCUACGCCAGCAGCAACUCUGAGGUGGAGGCCGACGCAACUGCCGCCGCCGAGCCCGAAGAGAUAGAGCACUUUGAGGAGGUGGUGGCCAAGGUGCUGAUCAAGCUGCAGACGGUGCAGGCCAUGUACCAGCUGAGCGAGGAGGAUCAUGCCGAGCUGCAGGAGCGGAUGGAGAAGCACCUGUGCCAGCAGAGGCAGCUGCAGGAGGAGCUGGACGCCUGCGAGAGGGAGUUCAAGGAGUGCAUGGAGUGCCUGGAGAAGCCCUCCCAGAAUGACAAGAAUGAGAUCAAAGAGCUACAGGGCAAGCUGCGGGAGCUGCAGCUGCAGUACCAGGCCAGCAUGGACGAGCAGGGCCGCCUCCUGGCCGUGCAGGAGCAGCUGGAGGGGCAGCUGCAGUGCUGCCAGGAGGAGCUGUGUCAGCUCAGAGAGCAGCGGUCCUCUCUCACCAAGGAGAGGACCUGCCACGAGAACAGGAACAAGAACGCCAGCGGGGCCAAGGAGAAAAAGGCCGCAGACAAAACGGAGGCCGACUGUGAGGAUGGAAAGAAUCUGGAAGUGGUGCUAUACUACAAGGCCCCUCACAUGGACAGCAAGAAGGCGGAGAACGAGGAGUGUGCCGAGGAGUUAAGCACUUCGUACGUGUCAGACACGGACUCCGAGCGUUCGGAGUGCGAGUCCAAGCAAGACCUGGGCCCUUGCCCUGACAAAUCAAAGAAGUCCGUGUGCAAGGACCUGGUCAGGACCUGCAAGGACAACACCAAGGCCCAGGAAAACUCUCUCAAAAUAUGUGAGAGCAGAAAGCCGUCCCCUGCCCCCGACCCCCCCAUCUUCUCCUUGCCUCUCGUAGGCCUCGUGGUCAUCUCGGCUUUGCUCUGGUGCUGGUGGGCGGAGACCUCAUCCUAACGCAGAACAUGUUUGGGAUGUGGAAGCCUAUAGUGUUCUUGGCUAUCGCCGCUGUGGCUCUGUAUGUGUUACCCAACAUGCGACAGCAGGAGACAGAUUACUGCCUUCACUGAAGGGAGACCCGGCCAGC